AAGGGUGGUGUGACACGGGAACCAUGUCCGAGACUGACACACCACGCCGCUGCAUGUCCGUUCGUCACAAGCGCCUCCUCGUCUAGCCAAGCAAACCUCGGCAUGCCACCGCUGCCCCUCGCGUGCCGGGCGAUCAUUGGAUCGGCGCUGACAGGCUCCCCCGUGACCGUCCUCCAGGCGAGGCAUCUCCUGAUCUCCGACCGCUGGCUUCAGGACGGUAGCCCGCCGCCCGCGGAGCCGCCGCUUGUCCCGGCAGCCCCUCUGGGGCCUCGCCCCGAGCCGCACGGCGCCGGCGCGGAGGCCGUCCUGUGGCGGUCGCUCAUCGCGGCCUCCUCGUCUCCCGCGACGGUGCUGAUGUUGGUUGCGUGCGCCUUCGCCUGUGGGCUCGCGGGCUCCCGACGCCGGGCGGCGACGCUGGCGGCUCCCGCGGGCGCCACCAAGCUGGCGGAGGAGGUGCGCGGAGCAGCGCCCGGUGGGGAUCCGAGGGCCGAGGGGCGGCCGGACGCCGGCGCCGGCAGCGCCGACCUCCCCGAGGUGUGCCCCCAGUUCAUGAGGGCCUCUGGCGGCGUGCGGCUGUCAGUGCCCAUGCCUCCGCCAGACCUCGCGGCGUGGAGCUGCCCCAUCGACCUCUGUGCGCUGUCGCCUUCGCUGCGGGUGGACCGCAGCACGGGGCCCGCAACCCCCCUGCUCGCCGCGUCGCUGCGCUGGGCGGAGCUGGGCGGGCAGCUGCGGAGGGUCCUGGAGGUCGUCGAGCGCGGCCCCGGCGGCGCCGAGCUGGUGAGCGUGGACGCGAGCCUCGAGGUGCGGCUGGCCGGGGGGGCGCCCUUCGGCCGCCUGCGUUCCGUGGGGGGCCGCCGCUACGUUCUGGAGCAGGCCGGGAGCGGCCGCGGCGUCCUCUGCGUGAGCACGGACCUCGGGGCCAGCAGCCUGGAGGUGGGCCAGCUGCCGGAGGGCCUGCUGCUGGCCACCGCCGAGCGCUCGGGCGCCGCCCCGGCGCCGGCCGCCGCGAGCGGCUCCGCCGCCGCCGCCUCGGAGGUGGCGCACCCCGCCGGCGCCGGAGCCGAGCGCGCGGGCGCGGGGGGCUGCGGCAGCCUGGAGGUCCUCGCCAAGCCGGGCGUGGACGCCGUCUUCGUGCUGGCGUGCGCCCUCGCGGUCCUGGUGUUCGCCGCGCCGCGGAGGUUUCACCCCGCCGUGUCGCCCGCGGCGUGCCCCUGA